AUGGCUGCAACUUCCACUCACUACCAGCUUGGACCCACGAUCCCAGACUCUGGCAUUUCAGAAGUGGCUCAGCUCCGACUGGUGAACGGCCCGAGUCGCUGUGCUGGGAGAGUCGAGGUGCUUCACGACGAGCAGUGGGGAACCGUGUGUGAUGACGGCUGGGAUUUAACUGAGGCCAGAGUCGUGUGCAGGCAGCUGGGCUGUGGGACGGCGUUAUCAGCCCCACGUGAGUCUCGGUUUGGACAGGGAACUGACCGUAUCUGGCUGGAUGAGGUUAACUGCACAGGGACAGAAGCUGCCCUCUCCGAAUGCAAGGCUCGGCCUUGGGGAGAGCAUAACUGUAACCACGUGGAAGAUGCCAGUGUUGUGUGCUCAGACUCAGACAUUUCAGAGCAGACUCAGCUCCGACUCGUGAAUGGCCCGAGUCGCUGCGCUGGGAGAGUCGAGGUGUUUCACAACCAGCAGUGGGGAACCGUAUGUGAUGACAGCUGGGAUUUAACUGAGGCCAGAGUCGUGUGCUGGCAGCUGGGCUGUGGGACGGCAUUAUCAGCCCCAGGGAGGUCUCAAUUUGGGCGAGGCUCUGAUCCCAUCUGGCUGGAUGAGGUUAACUGCACAGGGACAGAAGCUGCCCUCUCCGAAUGCAGGGCUCGGCCUUGGGGAAUCCAUAACUGUCACCACGGAGAAGAUGCCAGUGUUGUGUGCUCAGAUUCAGCCAUUCCAGAGCAGGCUCCAAUCCGACUGGUUGAUGGUUCUAGUCUCUGUGCUGGGAGAGUCGAGGUGUUUCACAACCAGCAGUGGGGAACCGUGUGUGAUGACAACUGGGAUUUAACUGAGGCCAGAGUCGUGUGCAGGCAGCUGGGCUGUGGGACGGCGUUAUCAGCCCCAGGGCGGGCUCACUUUGGGAGAGGUUCUGACACCAUCUGGCUGGAUGAGGUUAACUGCACAGGGACAGAAGCUGCCCUCUCCGAAUGCAGGGCUAAGUCUUGGGGAGACCAUAACUGUCACCACGGAGAAGAUGCCGGCGUUGUGUGCUCAGACUCAGGCAUUUCAGAAGUGGCUCAGCUCCGACUAGUGAAUGGCCCGAGUCGCUGCGCUGGGAGAGUCGAGGUGCUUCACAACCAACGGUGGGGAACUGUGUGUGAUGACAGCUGGAACAUAACUGAUGCUGGAGUCGUGUGCAGGGAGCUGGGCUGUGGAAUGGCAUUAUCAGCCCCAGGAGGGGCUCGAUUUGGGCGAGGAUCAGACCAUAUCUGGCUGGAUGACGUCAACUGUGCAGGGACAGAAGCUGCCCUCACCGAAUGCAGGGCUCGGCCUUGGGGAGACAAUAACUGUAACCACGGAGAAGAUGCUGGUGCUGUGUGCUCAGAAUCCGGCAUCUCAGAAGUGGCUCAGCUCCGACUGGUGAACGGUUCGAGUCGCUGCGCUGGGAGAGUCGAGGUGUUUCAUAACAAGAAGUGGGGAACCAUCUGUGAUGACAGCUGGGAUUUACAGGAUGCUGGAGUCGUGUGCAGGCAGCUGGGCUGUGGGACGGCGUUAUCAGCCCCCGUCGGGGCUCACUUUGGGCAAGGAUCUGAGCAUAUCUGGCUGGCUAAUGUGAACUGCACAGGGUCAGAAGUUGCCCUCUCCGAUUGCAGGGCUCGGCCUUGGGGAGACAGUAACUGUACCCACGGAGAAGAUGCUGGUGUCGAGUGCUCAGACUCUGGCAUUUCAGAAGUGGCUCAGCUCCGACUGGUGAAUGGUCCGAGUAGAUGCGCUGGGAGAGUCGAGGUGCUUCACAACCAACUGUGGGGAACCGUGUGUGAUGACAGCUGGGAUUUAACUGAUGCUGGAGUCAUGUGCAGGCAGCUGGGCUGUGGAACAGCGUUAUCAGCCCCAGGAGGGGCUCGAUUUGGGCAAGGAUCAGACCGUAUCUGGCUGGAUGACGUUCACUGCACAGGGACAGAAGCUUCCCUCACCGAAUGCAGGGCUCGGCCUUGGGGAGACAAUAACUGUAACCACAGAGAAGAUGCCGGUGUUGUGUGCUCAGACUCUGGCAUCUCGGAAGUGGCUCAGCUCCGACUGGUGAACGGUCUGAAUAGAUGCUCUGGGAGAGUCGAGGUGCUUCACAACCAGCAGUGGGGAACCGUGUGUGAUGACAGCUGGGAUUUAACUGAGGCCAGAGUUGUGUGCAGGCAGCUGGGCUGUGGGACGGCGUUAUCAGCCCCAGGAGGGGCUCGAUUUGGGCGAGGAUCAGACCGUAUCUGGCUGGAUGAUGUUCACUGCACAGGGAUAGAAGCUUCCCUCACCGAAUGCAGGGCUCGGCCUUGGGGAGACAAUAACUGUAACCACAGAGAAGAUGCCGGUGUUGUGUGCUCAGACUCAGGCAUUUCAGAAGUGGCUCAGCUCCGACUGGUGAACGGUCCGAGUAGAUGCGCUGGGAGAGUCGAGGUGCUUCACAACCAGCAGUGGGGAACCGUGUGUGAUGACAGCUGGGACAUAACUGAUGCUGGAGUCGUGUGCAGGCAGCUGGGCUGUGGGACGGCGUUAUCAGCCCCAGGAAGAGCUCGAUUUGGGCGAGGAUCAGACCGUGUCUGGCUGGAUGAUGUUCACUGCACAGGGACAGAAGCUGCCCUCUCUGAUUGCAGGUCUCGGCCUUGGGGAGACAAUAACUGUAACCAUGGAGAAGAUGCCGGUGUUGUGUGCUCAGACUCUGGCAUCUCGGAAGUGGCUCAGCUCCGACUGGUGAACGGUCUGAAUAGAUGCUCUGGGAGAGUCGAGGUGCUUCACAACCAGCAGUGGGGAACCGUGUGUGAUGACAGCUGGGAUUUAACUGAGGCCAGAGUUGUGUGCAGGCAGCUGGGCUGUGGUAUGGCGUUAUCAGCCCCAGGAGGGGCUCGAUUUGGGCGAGGAUCAGACCGAAUCUGGCUGGAUGAUGUUCACUGCACAGGGACAGAAGCUUCCCUCACCGAAUGCAGGGCUCGGCCUUGGGGAGACAAUAACUGUAACCACGGAGAAGAUGCCGGUGUUGUGUGCUCAGACUCUGCCAUUCCUGAGCAGACUCCGCUCCGACUGGUGAAUGGUCCAAGUAACUGCUCUGGGAGAGUUGAGGUGUUUCACAACCAGCAGUGGGGAACCGUGUGUGAUGACACCUGGGAUUUAACUGAGGCCAGAGUCGUGUGCAGGCAGCUGGGCUGUGGGACAGCGUUAUCAGCCCCUGGAAGAGCUCAGUUUGGGCGAGGCUCUGACCGUAUCUGGCUGGAUGACGUUCACUGCACAGGGACAGAAGCUGCCCUCUCUGAUUGCAGGUCUCGGCCUUGGGGAGACAACAACUGUCACCAUGGAGAAGAUGCCGGUGCUGUGUGCUCAGGCUCAGGCAUUUCAGAAGUGGCUUCGCUCCGACUGGUGAACGGCCCGAGUCGCUGCGCUGGGAGAGUGGAGGUGCUUCACAACCAGCAGUGGGGAACCGUGUGUGAUGACAGCUGGGGCUUGUCCGAGGCUGAAGUCGUGUGCAGGCAGCUGGGCUGUGGGACAGCAUUAUCAGCGCCACAUGGGGCUCACUUUGGACAAGGAUCUGACCGUGUGUGGCUGGAUGAGGUUCAGUGCACAGGGACAGAAGCUGCCCUCACUGAAUGCAAGGCUAGGCCUUGGGGAGAGCAUGGCUGUAACCCCGGAGAAGAUGCCAGUGUUGUGUGCUCAGAUCAGGGCCAGCUGAGGCUGCGGCUGACAAGUGGCCCAAGCUCCUGCUCCGGGCGAGUGGAGGUGCUGAUUAACGACACCUGGGGUGCCGUGUGUGACGCCGGCUGGGGCCUGCCGGAGGCGGGGGUGGUGUGCAAGCAGCUGGGCUGCGGCACGGCGCUGUCAGCCCCAGGCGUUGCUCAGUUCGGUCACGGGGCCGGCGACGUCUGGCUGGAGGGCGUGAGCUGCUUGGGCCAGGAGUCUCUCAUCACUGAGUGCCAGCUGAGCCGGCUGGGUCCCGGGCUGUGUGGCCGUGGCUCCGAGGCCAGCGUGGUGUGUGCUGGGCAGGCCGGCCCUGGGCUACUCUGCUCUGUGCUCCUUGGCCUGGGCGCCCUGGUGGUGCUGAUCUGUGGGGCACUGCUCUGCUGGAGGAGGCGUCGGGACAGAACCGCUGGGAACCCCCUGGGCCAUGUGCACCUGGAGGAGCUGGGGGCUCCAGGGACCCUGGCCCUGCCCCAGGGAGUGGCAAAUCCAGAGCCCCCUGAGGAGCCCCACAGUGAGAUGACCUGGCUGGUGAGGGAAGACGCGGUGCUGUGAGAGCCGCAUGCCGGCCAGGCUGGGCUGGGCUCGGCUCAGCCUGCAGUGAGAGACGGGCCGGUGGGACCCUGCACAGAGCAGCCCCAGGGCUGCCAGCUGCCUGGGCUGUGGGGACGCUGAUGGGGCUCGUCCUGGGGCUGGGGCUGCUGGCUGGAGGUCUCAGUUCUGCAUUGCCUUCCCCAGCUGCCUUGGAAAGCUCCCCUGCUCUGUCCCACGCCCACAGCUUUCCCUGGUGCAGCUCCCACGUCCAUCCCUGAGCAGCCUGUGCCCAGCCAUGCAGAUAGCAUGUGGUGCGCCCUGCAGAACCAUUGUCCGGUGCACAGGGACAGCCGGCUCCUUCCCCACAUUCAGACGAGCUAUGGAGAGAGACUGACUACGGGUGUCUGCCUAUGUCCGAUGCGCCAGGCCCUGUCUGUCUAUACUGGAUGUGCCAGGCCCUGUCUGUGCCCAAUGCCCCUGAGCUCGGGGAGCCAGACCCCAUCUGUCUGUCUAUGCCUGACGCCCCCUGAGCUUGGGGCGUCAGACCCCAUCUGUCUGUCUGUCUGUGCCUGAUGCCCCCUGAACUCAGGGCACCAGGCCCACCAGUCUGUGCAGCAGCCAGCCUGGGUCCCCAAUAAAUGAUCAUUACUGUU